AUGAGCCUGCAGAUGAGCAGCAUCCUGCAUCCCACCCCUCCUGCAACACAGCCUGAUGUGGCAACGACUGGCUUGGCCCAAACACAGCCAGCAUCUGGAACCUGGCCUCAAAUGCAAAGAUACUCCCUCAAACUUGAUGUCAAAGAUGGCAGGAUCUACAAUGAGCAGAACUUCUUCCAGCGAGCUGCAAAGGCAGGCACAGUGGAGAAGUGGAAGAAGUGGCACUCUGUGCCGUUGCUGGGGAUCCCCAAGUGCCUUGGCUUUGGACUGCAUGCAGAGAGCUACAGGUUUUUGGUGUUCUCUGACUUAGGAAGAACUCUUCAGUCAGUGCUGAAUGAUGGUUUAGACCUGCUGAAGGAGAAGGCAGCUUUUCAGAUUGCAGUCCGACUGCUAGACUGCCUGGAGUACAUUCAUGAGAACGAGUAUGUGCAUGGGGACAUCACAGCUGAGAACAUCUAUUUGAACCCAGCAGACCUCACACAGGUGACCCUGGCUGAUUACUGCUUCGCGUUCAGGUACUGCCCGGGAGGGAAGCACGUGCCCCUGCGUGAGGGCAGCAGGACCCCUCAUGAGGGCACCACAGAGUUCAUCAGCCUGGACAGCCACAACGGGGCAGGCCCAUCUCGCCGGAGUGACUUGGAAUCUCUGGGCUACUGCCUUCUGAAAUGGCUCAGUGGGUCGUUGCCUUGGUCUGCUGAACUGGACAAAAUAGAAACUGUGGUGGAGAAGAAGGAAAAGUACAAAGGGGAUGUGAUCUGCCUUCUCCGACUGUGCUUCCGGCAGAAACCCAUCCCAGAUGCCCUGCAGAGGUACCUGCAGCAUGUGAUGGCUCUGGGGUAUGAGGAUAAGCCCGACUAUGAGGCCCUGCGGCAGCUCUUCAAGCAGCCACUGGAGAAGAUGAGAGCUUCAGCCUAUGACCCUGUGGAUAUCAAAAUGGUACCCUAG